AUGGCACCACACCCAUUUGACCCGGUAGCCCCUGCUGAGCUCAGGUUGGCCGUAAAGGUCCUUGAGAACGCCUUUCCGGGGGUUCCUCUGCGGUACAAAGUGAUCGAAGUCCAGGAGCCCAUCAAGAAAGAUGUUGUGCCGUAUAUUGAGGCGGAGAGACUGUGUGUCUCUCUGCCGAGAAAGCCUGCUCGUGUCCUCAUGGCCCUGUUCCAUCGAAUGGACACAAAGAGCUUCAUGAAGGCGUUGAUCAACAUUGAUACCAAAGUGCUCCUUCAUGCGAAGGAAUCCCCAAGGAUAUACAGGCUAGGAACACACGAGCUGAUUGAGAUGGAAGAGAUCUGUCUGAAGCAUCCUGCUGUGAAGGCAGAGAUCGAGAAGCUGAACCUUCCGCCAGGCGUGACCGUUUGUUCGGACCCCUGGAUCUAUGGAACAGAUGAUCAAGGUGAAACCCGUCGCCUGUUUCAGUUUUACUUGUAUAUCGUCGACACAGACGACCUUCAGCAUAACCACUACUCCCUCCCCUGCACUAUCUCUCCAGUUUUCGACGGCAUGACAAGGGAACUGGUCCGAAUUGACCAUCUACCUACCGGUACUGAUCAUUCUACCUCUCCCACCAAGCCAUGGAAGCCUGUCAAGGCUGUCCAGUAUGCACAUAGUCUUUUGGAUGAGCCCACCCGAACAGACCUCAAACCGUACAUCGUGCAGCAGCCCGAAGGUCCAUCAUUCUCGGUAGAUGGCAACUUCGUAUGCUGGCAAAAAUGGAGGUUCCAUGUCGGUUUCAACUUUCGCGAGGGGAUGGUGCUUUACGGCGUAACAUAUGACCGACGUAACGUUUUCUACCGUCUCGCUGUGAACGAGAUGACAGUUCCUUACGGAGAUCCACGAGCACCAUACCACCGCAAACAGGCCUUCGACGUUGGAGAUGUUGGCUUUGGGGUCAACGCUAACCAGCUGUCCCUGGGUUGUGACUGCCUCGGCCAUAUUAAGUACUUUGAUGGCUACAGAAUCGAUUCCAAGGGCAACCCUGUCCUACUCAAGAACGUUCUCUGUCUACAUGAGCAAGAUAACGGGAUACAGCAUAAACAUACCAAUUACCGCUCUCAGGCUGCAACUGUAGUCCGAAACCGUCAACUUGUACUGCAAAUGAUCUGCACGGUUGCGAACUACGAAUACAUCUUUGCCUGGAUAUUCGAUCAAGCAGGAAACAUCGAGCUUGAGGUCAGGGCUACAGGUAUAUUAUCUACCAUGCCUAUAGAAGAAGGAAUAUCCGUUCCAUUCGGCACCAACGUCGCCCCGGGAGUCAUGGCCGCAUACCAUCAACACAUAUUCAGUAUGCGUAUCGAUCCAGCCAUUGACGGAUACAACAACACCGUAAUAUACCAAGACAGCAUUCCCAUGCCAGAUGACCCGUCAACAAACCCUUAUGGCGUAGGGUAUGUGCAGGAAACCAAGGUUAUCAAGCGUUCGACUGCCGCAGAUCUCAGCGUACCUGAUGCCCGCGUCUUCAAGAUCCGAAAUGAUAACAUCAUCAAUCCCACGUCUGGUAAACCUGUGGCCUUCAACAGGAAACGAGCCCAGUUCGCCACAAGGCCGAUAUGGGUGACCAAAUACCACGAAGACGAACUAUACGCUGCUGGCGAAUUCACGAAUCAGAGCAAGACAAGCUCGGGCGUCGAGGAGUGGGUUGCUCGUGACGAAAACGUCGAGAACACAGACGUCGUUCUAUGGCAUACAUUCGCACUCACGCAUAACCCUCGGCCAGAAGACUUCCCGGUCAUGCCCAUGGAGAAGAUCAGCGUCAUGCUCAGGCCGGAUGGAUUCUUCGAGAAGAAUCCCGCCCUGGACGUUCCGCAAUCAACGCAGAAUUUCAACCAGUCUUCCCUCCAUGUCGAUACUGAGACGGCUGAGGCCAAGGAUUGCGCGUGUCCGUCAAAGCUAUGA